GAUGGGGUGCUCAGACCAGGGCAUAGUGUCAGAGAGCAGGAGACAGAUGAGGAGACACAAGGAAAGGAUGAAGGGGAAGGUGCACCAUGAGCAUGUUCUCUGCCCUCCACCCAGAUUUUGCCUCCUUGAAGAGAAUGUGGCCUCAAGGGGUCAUCUUUGUGGCCCUGCCCCAGAUGGGGCCCAUCCUGGUCGGGCUGCUUGCCCCACAUAGGUUGUCUGGUUGGUGUGACAGCCUGAGGAAGCUGCCCUGGUGCCCACCCUACAAGGUUUUGUUGCUUGUGUGGACAGCCAUCUACUCUGUCAUGGGCUAUGCCUCCUACCUGGUGUGGAAGAACAUGGGAGGGGGCUUCGGGCGGCCCCUGGCCCUUCCUCUCGGUCUCUACAUUGUGCAGCUCGCUAUCAGCUGGACUGCCCUGAUUCUCUUUUUCACAGUCCACACCCCUGGUCUGGCCCUGCUGCACCUGCUGCUGCUCUACGGGCUGGUUGUGAGCAUGGCGCUGAUCUGGCACCCCAUCAACAAACUGGCCGCCCUUCUUCUGCUGCCCUACCUGGCCUGGCUCACUGUCACCGCCUCCAUCGCCUACCGCCUGUGGAGGGACAGCCUUUGUCCAGAGCACCAGCUGCAGCCCACGGGGGAGAAGAGUGGCUGAGGCACCAGGAUGCAGUAAAAGGAGGAGGAAGGCCAGGGAAGGAUGGAAGAGACUGCAGGCAGGCUGUGAGGCUCUGGGGGGUGGGGGGGGGGGCUGGGGAUUGAUAAGUCAUGAAGGUGACUCACCCCAAUGUGGCCACUGUCCUGGGUCCCCUGGUGCCACUCUUCAUUAGAAUAUAGAGAAAUGGGAAAGAGGAAGGAAAAUUAUUUUACACUUAAUUUGAGUUAAUAAAUUCUGUAUUAAUAAA